GGAAAAAAUCCUCCGGACACUAAUGAACAUAAGCGGGAAAUAUGGUAAGCAGUUAGGGGACAGGAAGAUCAAAGGGACCGGCAGCAGGUGUCGUAUCUGUAUAAUCCGUGACAUAAAUCUGACGGAUCCGUCAAUGCCAGCUGGACAGAGCCAUAUUUUGUUUUGUUUUUGUACGCUACAGUUUCAUUAUGUACUUGCUAAAAGCUCUUUUAUUUAGAAAAGUUCAUUUGCAUACAAAAAACAAAACACUACAAACAGAUUUUUGCUAGAUUUACAGCAGAUUCAUCAUAGCCAACGUUGCAGACUAACACAAAAAUGUCAUUUGCUGAUCAGCUGUUCACCUCAGUAGACGCCAAAGCGUGAUGGAUACUCGUGAAAUAUUGUAUAUAUGAGCGUUGCUGUCCGACAAAAAAAUAACCAAACAUUGUCAAAAUGUCAAAGAUUUCUUUGAUCUAGUUGUGUUUUGAGCUAUGUACACCCUUUUACGCUACACUUUUGCUAUCCACAAUCUAUUUUUUAGCACUAUACAUUGAAUCAUGAGCAUACCCACAUGUUUGCAGAAACACCUUGAUGAACUGUAUCAAAACAGUUGUUUAGGACUUUCGGAUAUAGCUCACAAUGAUAUCACACCCUAUAAUCAUGCAGACUUCAUCAUUAAGAUCCCAUAUGCAGGCAAAAAAUUAAAGUGGGAUAUUUUUUUUGACCCAGAAGACUUUACAUUCCCACCUGACUUUGACUUCAAUGAUGAUUAUUUCCUUGCAAACCCUGAUAUCGAAAUGAUAGAAAAACAUAUUCCAAAUUUAGGAAACUGGAACUUGGAUAACCCAAAAAUGUUAGCCAUAAUAUUGAAAGAGUUUCUGGAAUAUUAUAAACAGUUGCAGAUAGAAAAACUCAGGAAAGAGAAUAUCUACUUUCGUUAUUAUGAGGAAUAUGAGAAAUUGAUAUCAGGUGAUCAGAUAAAGGCUGAGAAUGUAGAGGUAUCUGUAGAUGGAACUAAUAUAACAUUCUUAAUUGAAAUCAAACUGGAUUUGACUGUAUUGCCUGAAUACUGCAGUGACUAUGAACUUAACAAUUCUGAUGAUACGAUCCUUUUGAAAAUCAUCAUAAACAAAAUGGAUGGCAGCAAUACUAAGUGCAGUGUACAGUACCCUUUGAACAUGGAACUGAUAUUGGGUGAUCAUCUACCAUUACCAAAAUUUGCUAGAGAUGUUGCCAUCAAUGAAUAUGUUUCUGCAAUCAAAGAAAUACUUAUGCAAAGGGUAUCUGAAAUUGCAGAAAACUGCAGAUUGAGGAAGGAGUUUAUGACAUCAUUGCACUCACUUGUCAGUUUAAAAAUUGUGGAGUCAGAUACAGAGCAUUUCAAGAAAUUAGUCAUGUUGGCCAAAAAUGAAGAUUACGGUUGUUUGGUAACUACCAUUGCUGGUAACAAAUUUCCUCAAGAAAAUCCUGCCAUAAAGCUGUCUUCAGUUUAUUGUCAAGAAGGAAAAAGCUGUAACAAAGUGUUGCCAAAAUUCCAGUAUAACACCUCACUCAGUCCUGAUAAAAAUGCCCACUUAUUAGUGCAGUCAUUAUCUCAAGCCAUAUGUCAACUGAAACAACACAAAUGUUAGGGUAUUGGAAGCCAAUUUGCCUUGGUCAGCCAGACAAUUCUUUAAAAAAUUCAAACUUCUCUCAUUUCAGCCUUUUCAUUGAAACAUUUAUUGUACUAACCGACCAUUGAUCUGAGAAAUUAUUCAUUAACAUUCAUGUAAUGACAAACAAGUUUUCAAAACCAAAUAUAAUUAAUUAUAGUGUACAGUAUGUUCUUAGGGUAUAAAAUACAUUAAGCAGUGUAUACUUUUAAUAAAUAAGUAAUUAUUAUUUUUA